AUGGUUAUCGCAGUCAAAACAUCCGGCGACACCAAGGAUGACUCGAUCAAGGCAGCCGCUCUGGUUGGCAAGAAGGCCGCGACCAAGGACAAGCCGGCGAAGAAGAUCUCGAAGGUCUCGAAGAGUGGCGAGAAGAAGAAGCGCAAGAAGGCCAAGCAGUCCUAUGCCAUCUACCUUCACCGCGUGCUGAAGCAGGUCCACCCGGACACUGGGAUCUCGACGAAGGCCAUGUCGAUCAUGAACUCCUUUGUGAAUGAUCUUUUCGAACGCAUCGCCUCUGAGGCCAGCCGCCUGAACAGCUUCAACGCCAAGCACACUAUGUCAAGUCGCGAUAUUCAGACCGCCGUCCGUCUGCUGCUGCCGGGCGAGCUGGCCAAGCACGCCGUUUCGGAGGGCACCAAGGCGGUGACCAAGUACACCUCCAGCAAGUAG